CAAGUAAUGGGCAUUUAGCCACGUCAUCACCUCACCUUUCCCUUUCGACAAUAAAACGAGGAAACAUUUGAAUCGAUCACUUCUACUGCAUGAAAUGAAAUCAGACUUCUAAACCCUCCACAAUCAUGUAUCGACAGAUUCAUUUAUAGCUGUUAAUCCCUUUUCUGUUUUCAGCUCAGUUUCAUUUAUUGGUGAAAGUUCAAUUCUUAAUUAAAUCAGGUGCUGGCUUACGAAUUGUGUCAGAAAGAAACUGGUUUUUUAUUUCUCCGAGUGCACAGAAAGCUUGCAAUUUGAACGAUGUCUAAUGUGGAGGGUAAAAGGAUUUCGAUGCAGGAUAUAAAACUGGUGGAAAAUCGAAUAGAACGGUGUCUCCAGCUUUACAUGAACAAGAAAGAAGUAGUGAACACACUAAUCAAGCAGGACAACAUAGAUCCUCGUUUUACUGAUAUAGUUUGGCGGAGGCUUGAAGAACAAUAUCCAGGAUUUUUCAGCGCUUACUACCUUAAGUUAUUGGUGAAGGAACAAAUCAAUGAAUUCAACAGGUUGCUCUCGGAACAGGUGGAGCUGAUGUGUCGAACAGGUUCAAUUGGGUUGGCCUCCAUUCCCACAUCUAAUGGAUCUCAUGUAUCACCAAAGGAUAUGCAGCAGCCAAAUGCAUUCAAUAAUUGUGGAUCGUCCAUCCAGUCUUGUGCGCAAGAAACUCUUGAUAUAUCUGCUCAUGGCAGAAAGACUGGUGUUUUGCCAAACUUGUUCUUGGGUCAGCAUUCGAACGUGGAAUUGGCACAAGCAAUAAAUGAGAAGAUAGUCAAAACAGAAGCCGGUUAUGCUGGUAGUUCACCUUUCUAUUUGAGUCCACAUAGCAAUUUAAUGGAAUCACGUCCUCUGAUGGGUGAUGCAUCUGUAUCAUCUUUCACUAGCGUUGAGCCGAGUGCACAGCCCCUGAAUGACAUGCUUUUGGAUGGAAAUGAUUCAUCAUUUGGAUUUUUGGGGCAAAUUCCUCUAAGUUCUGGUUUCCCAGACUUCUCAGCUGAUUUCUGCAGUAGUUCUGAAUUAUUGGAGAGUUACUGUAGGCUUCCCAUACUACCAAACGAUACCAACAGUUUUAUGGAUCCCCACGGAGACAUGGAGAGGGUGGAUUCUGCAUCUGAAAGCUUACGAUAUCAAGAUCAUGGUUGUGAUUGAUUGGACUGAUGCCAUUAUCCUACUACAGUGUCAGGACUGAAGAUUUUGUAUAUUUGGUUUCAUUUACAUGGGAAAGACUUCAGACAUCUUAAGGCUACGUGCUUCUGAUUUGGAGUCUGUUUUAUCGCAUUGUCCUUUUCCGAUUUGAAUGUUCAGGUAUUGUGCCUUGGUUAGGUUGUCUUGUAACUAUGUGUGCGCUACGCUACAUUAGUGCAAUGAUUUCAAAGCUGUAUUCAUAAAGCAGCAUCCUUUUUUCUUUUUCUUUUAUAGUUCUGUAAUUAUUGAGAAUGAAAGACAUUUUUCAGAAGCUGCUUGUUUAUAUCUAAAGACGAAUAUUCAACUGUUCCA